UUUAACCGUAUUGACAUCCGUCUUGCACGGUCGUGUCAUAUCUUAGGUCUGUUAAAUAGACUUCCUCAGCCUUUGUAGCAGCUUUUAAUCCAUUUCCUCCUUACAUGAAGAGCGGGCUGUAGGAGCUCAGCAGCCGGGGAAGGAGAGAUGAUGGCGGGGCUGCUGUUGGCGUUACUCGGGGGGCUGCUGGAGGUCUGCAGCGGUGUUUCAGCCAACAGAGGAGGCUAUCCCUCAUUCACAGACGAAAUCCCUUUCAAAAUCACCUGGCCUGACGUUGAAUUUACGCUGCCAACUUCAGGUGCACUUUACAGUGAGGAAGACUUUGUCAUCAUGACCACAACAGAGAAGGAGAAGUACAAAUGUCUCCUCCCUUCACUGACGGCUGGAGAGGAGGAUGAUGAAAAGGAGUACGGCGGGCCCAGUCCAGGUGAACUGCUAGAACCGCUAUUCAAACGAAGCAGCUGCUCCUACAGGAUUGAGUCGUACUGGACGUAUGAGGUAUGCCAUGGAAAACAUGUAAGGCAGUACCAUGAAGAGAAGGAGACUUCUCAGAAGAUAAGUGUACAAGAGUACUUCUUGGGAAAUAUGGCUCAAAAGAGCCCCUCAACAGAGACAGAUCAAGCUGAGAAGACAGACAGUGUCAAACCGUCCGAAACCAAAGUGCCCACUAAGAACAUUGAAGGUCAGCUGACUCCCUACUACUCAGUGGAGAUGGGAAACGGGACUCCGUGUUUGCUGAAACAGGACCAGCCUCGUUCCACAGCCGUGCUGUACGUCUGCCAUCCGGAGGCCAAGCACGAGAUCUUGUCUGUCGCUGAGGUCACUACCUGCGAAUAUGAGGUGGUGGUGCUGACGCCUCUGCUUUGUGCACACCCAAAAUACAGGUUCAAAUCCUCCCCGGUGAACGCCAUCUUCUGCCAGGCUCUGGCGGGCUCCCCUCUGCGGCCUCAGCGGCUCGCCCAGUUGGACAAAGAACAAGAGGAGCAGCUUAAACCACCUUUCGGUGCCACAUCUGAGCCCAGAGAGGAGGAGACGUCAGCAGUGAGAGAAGAAGCCUUCACCUCCACCCACAAACCCAUGACCGUCGGAGGGCAGUCUCAGGUCACUGUUGGUACCACGCACAUCUCUCGCCUGACAGACGAACAGCUAAUUAAGGAGUUUCUGAGUGGCUCGUACUGUCUGCACGGGGGGGUAGGAUGGUGGAAAUAUGAAUUCUGUUACGGAAGGCACGUCCAUCAGUACCAUGAGGAUAAAGAGCAAGGGAAGAACAUUGUAGUGGUGGGGAACUGGAAUGCAGAUGAACACCUCGACUGGGCCAAGAAGAACGUCGCCCGAUCCCUCCAGCUCAGAGAGGACGGAGUGCAGAAAGUCAAGUUGGUUUCCCACUUCUAUGGCCACGGUGAUGUGUGUGACCUGACAGGGAAGCCCAGACAGGUCAUCGUCAAGCUCAAAUGUAAGGAGUCUGAGUCUCCCCAUGCUGUCACUGUCUAUAUGCUGGAGCCUCAGACUUGUCAGUAUAUCCUUGGGGUUGAGUCACCGGUCAUAUGCAGGAUUCUUGACACUGCUGAUGAAUAUGGACUUCUGUCACUCUCCAGUUAAACUGGCGGAGAUCUUUGAACAGCAGCAGCGCACGGAGGACAUAAAGAACGAGGACACUUAGUAAACAAAACGCCCUUAAGACUGCGCUACAAGCCAAAACUGAGAAUAAACUCGAUCCUGAGGCUGGACCUCAUGUAGCCCAGGAGCACAGGCCCAGCCCACACUCCCAUGACCUGUGCGAUGGGUGACGCUACAUCAGCCCGACUCUAACUUAAAUCAAAUUCAGGCAGUGGAGUUAUUGCUUGAACUUCAUAUCUAUGCUUCACUUUGUGAUGAUUGAUUGCAAGCAAAGGGGUGUCGAAUCAUCAGGGGAAUUAACAAUAUUCAUAGUGGUUUUAUUGUUUGUGUGUGUGUGUGUGUGUGUGUGAUAUGGAAUGAUUAGCUGCUUGACUGUGGCACUUUUUUACUUGUAGAUAUGAGAGGGGAAAAAAACAUCUGAAAAUGCUUCACAGCAGGGAGACUGUGUGCUGUGUGAGUGUAACUUAUGCAUUAGAGAUUGCUGUGGAAUAACAAUAAAAGUGAGUGUAAGGUUGUAGGAUGUACAGAGUGUGUGCAGGUUCAUUUAAAAGGUUCGUUUUGUGGUUUCAUGAAGAUGCACACUGGGAUCCGACUACUGCUGUAUCUCUGGAAUAAAAAACAAUGCAUUUACAGCAAAGAAUUAAAAAAAAUCAAAACAUGAAACCUUAUUUUAGUUUUCCAUUACCACAGAAAAGAAUAGAUUUAAGACAUUAGGGAAAUAUGUAGUUCAGGGAUAUCUAACUCAAACUGCCCGCUUUGAUUUUAAGUGGGUUGGACCAUUUCAACACCACAUUUAAUACUCAAGGUAUCUAAAUAUAAAAAUAAAGUGCAACUUCAACAGAAAGUGUCAGUUUUUUCUACUUGAUAAAGAAAUUCUACUGUAGUAAUUUGAAUGGCUUGUGCAUAAAUGUGUUCAACUACAGAAGAAAUGCAUCCAUCUGAGCAAUGGAUACGCAAUGUACCCUGUGUAUAACACAUUUUUAUAGUAGAUAAUGAAAAGCACAGGAAGUUUUCUGUCAUUUAUUUUUUAAUAACCGAAUUUGUUUGGUGUAGCUUGAGUGGUUAUAUGGGAGGUUUUUAAAUCAGUAAAAAUGAAGCUGUUAAACCUGUGAAAAAACAGCUAAAAGCCCCAAAACUUAUGCCUUUCUCUACAUUUUUUCAAAUCUGUCCAGUGGGGCUGGAUUGGAGUCUUUAGCAGGCAGAUUCCAGGCCCUGGGCCUGAGGUUUGACACCCCUGAUCAAGUAAGUUAAGUGUAGAAUUUAGUGUUUUAUUUAUUCGGCCGCCAGAGGGCGCCGAUGCUAUGUGUAUGUGUCGUGACAUCAGCACAGUAACAGGUGUAGAUCUCACAGACAUUACAUUUGUACUUGCCAGUUAUUUAUUGUGUUUAAAAAAAGUGUAUGAGGCUCAGACUCUUUUUUUUUCUUUCUUGAGAAGAGAGUCCAUCCAGGUGCCACUGACAGCCGUAUGGGGUUUUAUAGUGGCCUGAUGCUGAAGAAGCUGGUUUCACUGCUAACUCCAGCCAGAGCUGGAGUUAGGAGUGGAACUGGGAUUGAAACUAGCAACUGGUACCUCUGGCUUCAGUGAAAACCUCAAUAAAUCAAUUCAAUAUCAAUAAAUAACUUGCUGGAACAUAAA